GCAGAAGAAGGAAGAAGUCGGUGAGACGGACAUGUAGCGCCCCCCUCUGGCGGUGGACUCGUAGAGCAGCUCGCUGUGGCCAUGGAAAAUACAAAGUGGGAAGAAAAGAAGUUUUGAGAUUCGUUAAAUUCUGCGCAGUGAUGGAGGACAUGGAGCCGGAGGUUUUCCCCGCCCACUCUGACCAGCACAGCCCCUCCUCCUCUUCAUCCGUCACCUCCUCCCCCUCCUUAUCGCUUCAUUCCACUCCUUCUGGCCUGGGUCCCGCCCACCCGAGCACCCCGCUGCUGGGCAUCAUCAGCGAGGGUUUGGGUGAGAUCAGCCUGGUGAUCGAUGCUGAGGUGGCCCAGCAGGCGUGUCAGGAGGUCCUGCAGAGGGUGAAGACGCAGCAGGUGGAGGAUGAGGUCAGCAGCCCAGGAAAGAAGGCAGAGUCCCCCCCAAAAGGCAGCGCCAACACUGCUGCCGAGGACGAUGAUCCUGAGGGCUCAGGGCCCAGUUCAGUGAAGAGUGCCCGGAGACGGCAGCGCCACAAUCCUUCCAAGCAGUCGUGGCUGCUGCGCCUGUUCGAGUCCAAGCUGUUUGACGUUUCCAUGGCAAUUUCCUACUUGCAUAGCUCAAAGGAACCCGGCGUUCAGGCGUACAUUGGAAACCGUUUGUUCAGCUUUCCUCACGAGGAGGUCGACUUCUACCUGCCACAGCUUCUCAACAUGUACAUCCACAUGGACGAGGACGUCGGCGACGCCAUCAAGCCCUAUGUGGUUCACCGCUGUCGGCAGAGCAUCUCCUUCUCCCUGCAGUGUGCCUGGCUCCUGGGCGCAUAUUCGUCUGAUAUGCACAUCUCUACUCAGCGACACUCCAGAGGCACCAAGCUCCGAAAACUCAUCCUGUCUGAUGAGCUCAAACCCGCUGGUCCUCGUCCACGGCGGGACCCUCUGGCUCUCACUCCUUUCUGUCCCGUGCCCUCGAACGUCUCCAGCCCCGGACCCCUGGGCAGUGACCACGGCCUGUCUCCAUCCAAACGCACACAUCAGCGCUCCAAGUCCGACGCCACCGUCAGCAUUAGCCUGAGCAGCAACCUGAAGAGAACGGCGAGCAACCCGAAGGUGGAGAGCAGCCAGGACGAGGGGCGGGACAGCUGUUCCAGCACCGACAGUCUGGACCUCCAGACUGGACCCCCGGUCCGCCUGGCCCCCCAGCGGGAGUUCAUCAAGUCCCUGAUGGGCAUCGGGAAACGUCUGGCCACGCUGCCCACCAAAGAACAGAAGACCCAGCGGCUGAUCUCAGAGCUAUCACUGCUCAACCACAAGCUGCCAGCCCGAGUCUGGCUGCCCACCGCCGCCUUCGACCACCAUGUGGUCAGAGUACCGCAUAGCCAGGCUGUGGUGCUCAACUCCAAGGACAAGGCUCCCUACCUGAUCUAUGUGGAGGUUCUCGAGUGCGAGAAUUUUGAGACAUCAAGUGUUCCAAUCCGGAUACCAGAGAACCAGAUCCGCAGCACCCGUUCCGUGGACAACCUGCCAGACUGCGGGAUGACGGCGGAACAGCGAGCCGGCGGCUUUUCUGUGGUGCCCAACUAUGACAACGACGACGAGGCGUGGUCUGUGGACGACAUCGGAGAACUCCAGGUGGAGCUGCCAGACGUCCACACCAACAGCUGUGAUAACAUCAGUCAGUUCUCAGUGGACAGCAUCACCAGCCUGGACAGCAAAGAGCCCGUGUUCAUCGCUGCUGGAGACAUCAGGCGGCGUCUCUCGGAGCAGCUGGCUCAGGCCCCCACCACCUUCAAAAGGGAUCCCGAAGACCCGUCAGCCGUGGCCCUGAAGGAACCCUGGGAGGAGAAGGUUCGGCGGAUCAGAGAAGGUUCUCCGUACGGUCACCUGCCCAACUGGAGGCUGCUGUCUGUCAUUGUGAAAUGUGGGGACGACCUGAGGCAGGAGCUUCUGGCCUACCAGGUCCUCCAGCAGCUCAAGUCUGUCUGGGAGCAGGAGCGAGUUCCACUCUGGAUUAAACCCUAUAAGAUCCUGGUGCUGUCAUCAGACAGCGGCAUGAUCGAGCCCGUGGUGAAUGCUGUGUCCCUCCACCAGGUGAAGAAGCACAGCCAGCUGUCGCUGCUGGACUACUUCUUGCAGGAGCACGGCGCUCCCACCACCGAGGCCUUCCUGUCGGCCCAGAGAAACUUUGUCCAGAGCUGUGCCGGGUACAGCCUCAUCUGCUACCUGCUGCAGGUCAAAGACAGGCAUAAUGGAAACAUCCUAUUGGAUGCAGAGGGCCACAUCAUCCACAUCGACUUCGGCUUCAUCCUGUCCAACUCGCCCAAAAACCUCGGCUUUGAGACGUCGGCCUUCAAACUGACUGCUGAGUUUGUGGACGUGAUGGAUGGUCCGGACGGCGACAUGUUUAACUACUAUAAGAUGUUGAUGCUUCAGGGGCUGAUCGCGGCCCGGAAGCACAUGGACAGAGUCCUGCAGGUCGUGGACAUCAUGCAGCAAGGCUCUCAGCUGCCAUGUUACCACGGCUCGAGCACCAUGCGCAGCCUGAAGGAGCGUUUCCACAUGAGCCUGACGGAGGAGCAGCUCCAGCUGCUGGUCGACCAGCUGGUGGACGGCUCCAUGCGCUCGCUGACUACCAAACUCUACGACGGCUUCCAGUACCUCACCAAUGGCAUCAUGUGAGCCAGCAUGUGGCGCCGUGAAGGAACAGCUGGAUGCUUCUUUCUGUGUGGGAUCCUGCUCUGCUGCUCCCUCAUUGGCUCGUCAGCCUGACUCCCAACCAAUCAAUGACCAGUGUUUGUUUUUUUAUUGUCUCUUUGUAUCAUAGAAUUAAUUUAUUGGAUUUAAUGUGAUGAAAAUGUAAAUAUGUGACACAAAGAUUUCUUACAGUGAAAUAUUUUUCGUGAAUGACUGUUGAAGUUGGUAGAAGAACAAAAAGUGAAAUUCUGAAAAUAAAAUUACAUUUUGAGGACAAAGUUGUGUGAAGACUCCUUAAUAUAAUCUGACUAAAAUUGAGCUAAAAUGAAGUUUUU